AUGUUCUUUGGGAGUUUAGUUGAUAGUGUAAUGUCUUUUUCUCUGUCACAUAUUAUUACUUCCUUUUCAUCCAUCUUUUUUCUCUUUUCUUCUUCUUCUUCUUCUUCGUUUUCUUCUCCCCUUCUUUCUAUUUUCUUCUCCUUUUUGCUUCUUGUCUUCCUCUUUUUCUUUCUCUUUUCACCCACUUUUUUGUUCUCUUCCACUUUUAUUUAUCUUCUUCAUUUUUUCUUUUACUCUCUGUCUAUCGCAACAUUUUUUUUUUUCAUGAAUUCCUCAGGAACGCUCCUUUUGUUAAUCAUUUAUUUCUUCUUCUGCCUUCAUGAUCUACCUAUCAGAUUCUGUACUUACCUGUCGAUCGACACUAAUGUGUUUACAUCUAUCUAUCUAUCUAUCUAUCUAUCUAUCUAUCUAUCUAUCUAUCUAUCGUCUGUCCAUUAUCUGUCUAUAGACUGUUCAUUAUCUAUCUAUCUAUCUAUCUAUCUAUCUAUCUAUCUAUCUAUCUAUCUAUAUCUGUCCAUUAUCUAUCUAUCUAUCUAUCCUAUCUAUCUAUCUAUCUAUAGACUGUCCAUUAUCUAUCUGUCUAUAGACUGUCCAUUAUCUAUCUAUCUAUCUAUCUAUCUAUCUAUCUAUCUAUCGUCUGUCCAUUAUCUAUCUAUCUAUCUAUCUAUCUAUCUAUCUAUCUAUCUAUCUAUCUAUCUAUCUAUCUAUCACCUGUUCAUUAUCUAUCUGUCUAUAGACUGUCCAUUAUCUAUCUAUCUAUCUAUCUAUCUAUGA